UAUGCCUCUCUCUGUCACUCUCUGCAAAGGAGAGGAAGGAAAAGGGCUGGACAGGAAUUCAAAAGCUGGAAGACUUGAUUGCCUGGAAGAAUGAAAAUGCUGCUCUCCAGCACAGGAGUUAGGAAGAAAACAACAGCUUUUCUGCAAGAGAAAACCUUCAAGCCCCCUUCCAUCACCACCCCGUCUCACCAAGGACCCCAAAGACACUCUGCUCUGUAGGGUGAUCAAAGCAUGGAGGUGGAGCUGCCUCUUUGAAGACCUGGCCCCAAAGACCCGAUUCUCUGCCAGGCCCCUCCUGCCCUCCGGCAAUAGGACCCACCUCCCUCCUUUCCCCCUCGCUUUCUUUGAUGGGAGAGGAAGGAAGGAGGCCUUCUGCUGCCUCUUUUCCAGGGGAGAAGAGCUGAUUGCGUAAGAGGGAGAGGAGGUCAGAUCAGAUCAUGACUUCAAAUCUCUGGGCAGGCGGUGGUCAAAACGAUCAGGCUACAGCCUGCAACAGGGUGCUUUGUUGAGAAACCAAUUGGUAAGAGAAAUCAGGGGGUGGAGCUAACCAAGAUAAAAACAGGAUAAAGCUCAGAACUUGAAAGGAGCAUCCAACAGUCGGCAAAAGGGUUUCUAGGAUGAUGGAGGAGCCUUUCACAGAGGGAGAGUUCUAUGCCGAGAAUUUUCUUCCCAAAGAUUAUCUGGAAACAUAUUAUAAAGUUAACUUUGAAGAUGAUGAUGAUGGACUAAAUAUGCUUCAAACUUUUUCCCUGACAGGAUACCACAGGGCAUUCACCAGAGAUGGCAUCAAGGGAGACACCCUGAUCGACAUUGGCACCGGCCCAACCAUCUACCAGUUCCUCUCCACUUGCGAGUCCUUCCAGGAGAUCAUAGCCACCGACUACACUGACCAGAACCGGGAGGAGGUGCAGCGAUGGCUGAAGAAGGAGCCGGGGGCUUUUGACUGGACCCCCUUUGUGAAAUACGUCUGUGAGUUGGAGGGAGACAGAGAAAAAUGGCCAGAGAAGGAAGAGAAAGUCCAAAGAGCCCUCAAGCGGUACCUGAAAUGUGAUGUGACCCAACCCAACCCUUUGGCUCCACUGGUUCUUCCUCCUGCAGAUUGUCUGCUCUCCAGUUUUUGCUUUGAUUCAGCUUGCAAAGACAUCCCCACCUACCAAAUGGCCUUCAAGAACAUCAAUUCCCCCCUGAAACCAGGGGGGCACCUCCUGUUCAGUUCAAUGCUUGAGCAGCAUUACUACAUGGUGGGCCAACACAAGUUCUCCACCCUCUACCUGGAGCGGGAGGUGAUAGAAGAGGCAGUGAGACAGGCUGGCUUUGUCAUUAAGUGGAUCGAGGAGACCAGGAAUAGCAUCCCCCCUUCUCUAGUUGAUGGGAAGGGGCUGUGCCUCCUUCUUGCUCAGAAAUGUAGUCCGUGAAAAUUAGCUGUCGAUAUAACAUCCAGAGGCUUCCCCAGCUACUGUAAUGAAUCUGUUAUACCAGUUUCUACGCCCUUCCUAGUAGAUAUCUGGGAAAUGGCUCUGCAUGUAAUAAAGUAACACCUUGCCUC